AUGGCGCCGCACGAGCUCUGCACCGUGACAGCUGCUGCUGACGUGCCAGACGAUUUCAAAGCGCUCGCCACCGCGUGGCCUCUGUGGGACUCCAAGACACACCCGCAGAAGCCUCGCGGUUCUGGGAAGUUUCGCUUUGAUUACAACGGCACCUACGCGUCUGAGCGUGUGCUCAUCAUGUCGGGAGCGGCAACGCUCAAGCCUACCGACGGCUCACCUUCGUUCGACAUCAAGGCAGGCGACGCCGUCACCUUUUGGAACGGCUUCUCCUGCGACUGGCGCGUAACGAAGCGAAUGACAAAGCACUAUGCGUACUACAGUGAAGACGGCAAACCUGAGGAGGAGUACGAGACUGGCAUCGCGUGCGACAUGUGCAGCGCCGACUGCUUCGCCGAAUCCUAUCUCUUCGAGGAGAUGGAUAUCUGCCCGACGUGCUUCAAGAAGGAUGAGGCCCGCUUCGAGGGGGCGGAGCACCAAAAGGAGGGAGAAGCCGUGCCGGCCGAGCAGCCCCAAAAGAAGCGGAAACAGAAGGCGUGA